AUGCGGCACUGUAGAGUAAGAGAGAAAGAGCGAAAAGAAGAAACAGCUAAAGAGCUGGAGAGUUACGAAGCUUACGUACACUAUGUUGUUCUUUAUAACUUUUGCGCUGAUACACCAAUCGAUCGAAUCGAAGAAAGUGGUGAUACACGUCCCUUAUCGGGUGAAGAAUGUGAAACAUACGCACACGAUCUACAAGAUAGUUGCACACCAUCGCGAAGGGAAACACAAAACCGCAUCAGUUACGGAUCGGCAGAUGAAGCAUAUCACCGGAAAGAUACAGCGAAAGUGAUCAUCAGCCGUGAACUGCAUCACGGUAUUGUAUCGCUUUGCAAGAUUCGCUUCGAUGAAACGAAGAUGGCAUAUAAAUGGCGAUUCGCUGUCAGUGAUAUCAAACGACAAUUGGCUGCCAACAAUCGCGUUUGCGAUCGCGGUUACGACGACUCGACAAUAAAUCAUGAGGAUCAUUAUCAGUCUGCUUUUCAUUCUGUCGAACGGGGCGUUCAACAGCGGAAGCGCCAAGGAGCACUUUUUUUUACCUUCUUUAUUUCACUCAGAGCUUUCAUUUUUAACAGUGUGCACUUCAAGAUCCACGUGCCCGAAAUAAUAAAACAUCAGAUUCAUACGAAAACAGUGUUCAUCCAUAUUCACAAGCCGGAUAUCUCGACGGCGCCGAAGAAGUCCAAGCCCAAGGAAGAAGCGCCAAAGAAGAAGAAGACCUAUCACAAAGAAUCGCAUCACGAAAAUUGGAGCUCCUGGAGUAAUUACGGCUACCACGACGACAAAUCGGACAACGAUGUGCCCAAGAAUCAAAAGGAUCACAAGGACGACGACGUCCACAAAGAGAUGGCUCAUAAGGACAAUCCCUUUGCUCAGUAUCACAGGGAUUCUUACAUGCCCGUGUUGCAACACGAUGACAAAUCCGAUCACUCAAAGGGCCGACACGGCGACACAAUGGGGUACUCGUAUCCGCCGCAAUACGCAGUGACGGAGGACGUCAAGGAGAUAGAUAAUAACGACAUCGGACCCUAUAUGCACACGUAUGAGGAGGGUUACCACAAGGGAGGCGAGUCCGCUAACGGGCACAUUUAUUCGGGCGACGUGACGAAAUUUUACGACGACAAACAUGAGGAGGGCGAUCACUCCGUUGAAGAGUAUAAGAAUGAGUCAAAGGAGAAAACCCAUGCAGGCCGUUACUUCGUCGACGAUUCUGAAUUCCAGCACAAUAAUAAAGCGGAGAAGCGCGUGCCCUCCAGAAUUCGUACGCGGUCGUAAGGAAUGACGGAGGGACACGAAUAUAAAGAUAAAUCGUGCCAAUGAUAGAGACAUUAACUCUGCGUUCCCCGGCGAGAACUAUUGGAAAAUUACAAAAGGCGAUGGCAAAUUU